AUGUCUUUUCUUAGGAUUUGUAGGAGGCUCCAAAUCUCUAAAGCACAUCCCGCGAUCUUCUUCUCCCAUAUUUUGAACUCUCUAGGCAGUCAACCCCAAAUUUCAUCUUUUCAUCUGACUCGUUUGCCAUACAAUCUCACUGAAGCAUUUCGUCGAACGUCUAUCAUCUAUUGUAAGUUUUUCCAUCAUUUCUCCUCCCUUCAACACUCAGACAGCCAAAAUAUUUUCCAAACAAUCGACUUCGAUGAAUGGGUAAAUGACAUUGAGGAAGAUAUCGCACUGGUUCUCCCUGAAUUCCUCGAAACUGUCCACAAAGCCAAGAACUUUGCAUGUGCAAAUGAAGCAAUGUCCUUUCUUGAUAAUUCUGGUGUGAAACCAAGUAAAGAUUUGAUCUUUUCAGCUAUCUGGGCUUUAAAACAAGAGUGGAAACUGGCAUUUUUGGUGUUCAAGUGGGGUGAGAAGUGGAAAUGUGUUGUGGAAGAGACUCGGUGUUUGAUGAUAUGGCUGCUGGGUAACCAUCAAAAGUUCAGCACUGCUUGGACUCUGAUUCAUGACCUUUAUAAGGCUUCAAUGGACGCUCAACAAGCAAUGUUCAUCAUGAUUGACAGAUAUGCAGCAGCAAAUAACCCAAGCAAGGCUAUUGAAACAUUCAAAAUAUUUAUGAAGUUCAAAUUUUCUCCUGAUCAGAGAACAUUCUUCUCAUUCUUGGAUAUUCUUAAUAAACAUAGAAACAUUGAAGAAGCUGAAGAAUUCGUGUUUCUCAAUAAGAAGUUCUUCCCAUUGGAAAUUGAGAGCUUUAACAUAAUUCUCAAUGGAUGGUGUAAUAUAGCCAAUGAUAUAUAUGAAGCCAAGAGGGUUUGGCGGGAAAUGUCCAGAUGUUGUAUUGUGCCAGACGGGACUUCUUAUACACAUAUGAUUUCCUGCUUCUCAAGAGCCGGUAAUCUAUUUGACUCACUUAGAUUGUACGAUGAAAUGAAGAAAAAGGGCUGGAUCCCCGGCGUGAGGGUGUAUAAUUCUUUGAUUUAUGUGUUGACUCGUGAGAAUUGCCUGAAUGAAGCUCUUAGAAUUGUAGAUCAUAUGAAAGAAUCUGGUAUGCAACCUGAUUCUACAACAUAUGACUCUAUGAUUCUUCCUCUUUGCAAAUCAGCGAAGUUUCAGGAGGCCAGAACUAUAUUAGCUAGGAUGAUACAGGAUGAUGUCAACACAACUAGUGAGACAUACCAUGCAUUUCUUGAGGGUGCUAAUUUAGAAGGAACUUGUAAACUUUUUAAUCUUAUGAGAAAAGCCGGUCUGGGUCCCAGCAGGCAUACGUUUCUUCUUAUGCUUAGCAAGUUUCUUAAAAUCGGGCAACCUGAAAAUGCAUUGAAGAUAUGGUCGAACAUGAAACAGUACGAUGUAGUGCCAGAUUCUGAACAUUACAGUGUGUUAGUGGAAGGGUUAGUGAAAUGUAAGAUGUUUGUGCAGGCUACAGAACUGUACGAUGAGAUGAUAUCUAAUAGACUAGUGGAUGAUCCAAAGUUGAAGAAGCUCUUAAGCGAACCUGUUCGAGAUGGCAUUCAUGCACUGGAGGGACAAGGGCAGACGACAGUUGUCAUGCACAUUCAUAAAGGAAAAGGAUUACUAUAUGGGAAAGGCAGAGCAAUCCGAACUAGAAGACCUGGUAAGCAAUCGGAAAAGAAGGGAUCGAAUGGGACUUAG